AUGGCCAGCAUUGCAGACGUGAUCAUUCUGUCGUCCUCUCCAAAUCCACCGCGGUCGCCAGGGCCAAGUAGGCAUGAUGCAAAGCUGGUCUCUUACGUCUUGCCACGAGGCGCAACGCCACCGCCAAUACGCCCGACAUCCGAUUUGUCCAAACCUCGUACGCGUUCCCGGUUUUUUCCCACUCCAAUCGCGAGCACCAAGUGUCCUGAGGACGUGACGAAGCCGAAAAAGCGAUCGAAAAAGAAGGACCCUACUUCAGACACCACCAACCAAACUGUACCGAGCAAACCGCGGCGGAAGGCGAAGAAAGCCGCGGAUGUGCCUGGAGACCCCGAGCCAGAGACUGUUGGCACAAAAGAUGACGCAGUGAAACUGGGCAAAGGUCGUCCUCGAAAGAAUGCCAAGAGUAAAGAUACAGGAAACAUGACUCUAGCUGGGAAAGUUACGAAGACAAGCGGCGACCCACCAGCAAAGAAGUCCAGCAAAGGUGGGGAGAAGACGGUUGCCACAAAAUUAUCCCUUUCGGAGGAUGCGCUCGAGAAAUCUACUCCCAAGGAAUCAAAUGCUUUGGGAAAUGAUGAGGUGUUGCAUCUGGACGAGGCAAUGAGAAGAAGGAUGGAUUGGACACCACCAAGGGAGACCGCUUACGAUGAAAUCGCUACCGUGAACGAUGGUGGCAGCCAGGAUAAGGACCGUGAUCCGAGCCUUACCGGUGGGUUUGGCAAGCUGCUAUCCGAUUAUAAUUACUCUGGGUCAGCUUUGAAUCCCCGCGACCUCGUGCAGAAUACAAAUGGCGGAGGACCAACAAAGCGUCGGCGGAUAGAGCUGGUCAAUCCUGAAAUCCAAGCAUUGCUCAAUGGAAGGUACUCUGAUUCAAGUGAUCAGACAUCUGCUCAAGGAGAGAACUCGGGAAAGCCUAAAAAGACAACCAAGGGCAAACCUAAGAAGUUUACCACGUUGACGGCGCGCAUGACUGCGCAAUAUUCAACACAUGAUGCAGAAGAGGAUGAGUCAGUGAUUGAUUGCCUUCCGGACAUCAGAACGACAAACGGAAGACGAAAAACGGCCAAAGAGACAAAGAAACAGUCUUCGUUCACUGUACUUUCCCCGGAAGCGGCUGUCGAAUUUUUGAAUGAUCAAGAUCUUGUAUUCGGCACCUGCAGUCAACUGGAAAGAGAUGAUUCGCCGCAGACUCUGCGAGAAACUCAGCAAGCCAUCCGUGCCUCCGAGGGUCUUUCAUAUCCGCAGGGGACGCGCAAUAAGGACCCCAGCGCGAUCCCAGAAUCAUCUACUCGUUUUGUAUCACGGCUGGCAGGCACCAGGAAUAUGUGGUGUGUUGGCGCCAGAGACACCGAAGGAUCUUUGAUUCAACCAGAAGCACUUAACGUGGUUGACUUGACGGAUGGGGGAGAAACUCCCACAAAGGAGAGUAUGGAACAAGCAAGCCACAAACCUCUUCAGAGGGACUGGUUUGAGCUUGAAUUCGCAGACAUAGAUUCACCCCUAGAAAAGAGACCAUCAUCACUACCAUUAACCGAAAGGGGCUUGGAUUCAGACACGCAGGUCCAAGCUCCGGCUCCAAUCCCGGCAGCUAUAUCUACGGCCAUGGCCAAAGCGAAAGCUGCAAAGCCUGCAAAGCCUGCAAAGCCUGCAAAGGAAGCCAAUGAUACCCCGACUGAAGCGGUUGAUUCCCAGCCAACUACAUCGCAGGCGCAUUCAAUGCCACAGUAUACCGGGUUUACGGAUGCAGAGUUGUCUAAACAGGUCUCCACUUAUGGCUUCAAGGCAGUCAGGGGCCGCAAGAAGAUGAUCGAUCUCCUUCAACAAUGUUGGGAAUCGAAACACGGUAGCAAUCCAAAAUCUGACAGCCAGCCUAUAUACCAACCCGACCAACAGAAACAACCUGUCUCUAAAAUGGACAAUGUUUCAAAAUCCACCUCGGCUGCGAAGACGAAGGCGACGGUGAAGCCUAAGUCUGGAACAUCUAUAAAGAACCGAAAAUCACUUGACGCGACAAAAUCAACUUCUGCCUCCCAAAGCAAUCUCCAGACAAGCCCAAAGAAAAACUCAAGAGGAAAGCCUGUCACUGGGACCUCUACAUCAUUCAUUGAUGUAGAAGAGAUCCAAGACUCAGAAGAAGAAAUCAUUCCCUCUCCGAGUCAAGUGCAGAAGCACUAUACCGACAUCUAUUCAAAAUCCAAGAUUGGUAGCCGGGUGCAACACCACUCCUUGGAUAUCCUCACAAAAACACCAUCACCGAGCCCGACCAAGCGCAAGGUGGUUUCCUCUAAGGUUUCAGUCAAAAGACCACCAUCCUCUGCAUCCAUCCCAACCACGUACACAGCAGAAUCCUCUAAAGAAAUCAGUCUGGCAGAAAUAUCUGCACAGAUAACCCAAGCUGUUCGCGUCCAGCCUCGGCUCUCGCCACUGUCAUCAUCUCGUGGUAGCCGUAAUCGACCGACAUGGCAUGAAAAGAUCCUCAUGUACGACCCUAUCGUUCUGGAAGAUUUCACAGCAUGGCUCAAUAUCGAGGGGCUUGGACUUGUGGGUGAGGAUCGCGAGGUUGGCACUGCGGCUGUCAGGGAAUGGUGCGAAAGCAAAGGAAUCUGUUGUUGCUGGAAAAAGAAUGCUAGUUGGUAA